AUGGCGCUCGCGGUUGCACGUGCACUUGGUCUUCUUGGGCCAACUUUCUUUGCGUUGGGCGCGCCGCAUCCCCACGCCUCGAUUCUAGCCACAUGCUCCAUGCUCUUGGAGUACAACGUGGCGGCUGGUUGCUGGCAAAGUCCUUGUUCUGGAACCAGCGAAACCACCUGGUCUCUUGGUGAGAACGCAACCAUGUCCUUGAUGACUUAA